AGGCUCCCUCCACCGUCCGUGUCGGAUUCCCGCUCCCGCCCGUUCUUGCCCUUGGUCGCCGACUACUCUGGUCUUGGUCUCUGCCAGAUGUAUGCGCGUAAUGUUCUUUUGAGGACAAUGAGUCGCCCUUCAGCCACUGCAGCCCAGCGUACGGCUGCCAUCAGUCGUCACCUCAUGUCUACCUCCAGCUCGGCCCCCAAACCGAGAGUCGAGCCCCCUGAUGAGGUACCUGUGCUCUUCGAAUCAAGCGGCUCAGUUCGGACAUACAUCCUUAAUCGCCCAAAGAAGCUCAAUGCGCUUAACGAGCCCAUGCUCAAUAUCCUGCGCCCACAGGUCGAGGAAUGGUGUCAAGGAAAUCUAGCAAAAGUUAUAGUCGGACGUGGCGUCGGAAGGGCCUUCUGCGCUGGGGGUGAUGUGGAGACCGUCGUCCGGUAUGCGAGCGACGCUGAGACUCGUCCGAAGGCAAUAGAUUUCUUCCACCGCGAGUUCGAAAUGGAUUACAUACUCGCUGCCGUGCCAAAGCCAUACGUAGCUGUUAUGGAUGGCAUCACUAUGGGAGGCGGUGUCGGUCUCUCCGUCAACGCUCAAUUCAGGAUUGCGACUGAGAAAACCGUUUUCGCGAUGCCUGAGACCAAAAUCGGCUACUGUCCCGACGUCGGAGCAAGCUACUUCUUGUCCCGGGUGGACGGUGAAAUUGGAACUUACCUGGCCUUGACCGGUGACACGAUUUCAGGCAGGGCGGUAUUUGAACAUGGAUUCGCCACACACUAUGUGCCAUCAAGACGCAUUCCUGCCUUGCUUGAGCGUCUUGCCGCAUUGGAGGAGCCUACCUACCGGGCCAUCAACGACCUCAUUGAACAAGAGGUCGCCGAGCGGGAACCGGACGAGGUUUCCACCUCCUUUGUUGGCGCAAAGCGUGCGGCCCUGGACUCAGCAUUCAGGCACAACACCGUUGAGGAUAUUAUCGCGGAGCUCACUCAAAUCUCCAACGGUCACAGUGACGAAAGCGUGCGGCAGUGGGCGGCGCAGACCCUGGAUACGCUUGAGCUACGCAGCCCUACCAGCUUGAAGGUGGCACUGACAGCCGUCCGCCGCGGGAAACAGAUGACGCUCCUGGAAGCUCUGCAGAUGGAAAUGAAUAUCGCAACCGCUUUCUGCAAUGGCGAUAGCCCUGACUUCAAGACCGGUGUUACUGCUGUCCUUAUUGAAAAAAUCAAGGAACGGCCGCAGUGGUCUCCCGCUCAUAUCCACGAGGUGCAGGACUCCGAAAUCCUGGAGACAUUCUUCAAGAAAUACUCGCCAGAGAAUGGCAACGUGCCCUCCCUCGCCCCGCCAUCCUACCUGCCCAAGCCGGUUGACCUCGCAGACCCGAUGCAGUUCGCCCUCCCCACGGAGGCAGAGAUUCGCUCCAUGGUCGACGGCAGCCAUCGCAACAGCGGUGCGACUACCAUCACUCUCGACGAGCUUCUCGGGAUGUUUACCCGCAUGCGCGGGGGCAAGGCCGGCGUGCGCGAGAAGAUUCUUGAGGUCGUGGAUCGCAAGUGCGUGUUUGAGCAAGACAAGCACACGGACAAGAAGUGGUUACAGUGGAGGCAUUGAUACACUUUGCCGUCUUGCCACAUAUCAUACGCCUACUCUGCCCCUCCCACCGUGACAUACACUACUAGUAUCUGACGCACAAUGCCAUAUUUUCCCUAUCC